AUGAUUUCAUUAAAGGAACAUCCUGUAUGGUGUGAAAAAAAAAAAUGCGCUUUUCUGUUAAGUGUAGUAAUAAGUAAAUACAACAGAACCAAUGGAAGAAGUGAGUGGAAUGCCAAUAGGUCUUAUUCUACACGAUCAAAUUUUUUGAGAAAGCAAAAAAAAAAAAAAAAAAAUUUAAUUAAAAAUGAAAGGAGUUUACCGCUAAGCAGUAAGACGCCAAGUGUAUUAUGCGAGUUUAACGUAGAAGCAGAGAAGAAGAUAUAUUUUCACAACCUAUUUAACUUCCCUUUGGUAGACGUACUAACCAUUUUUAAGCUGCUACUACAGCUAAGGAAAGUAACAUUAUAUAAAUAUAAUGACAACAUAUCAUUUACGUUGAGGGAAAUAAAAAAAGGAGACAUCUCUUAUAAAAGCACAAUUCGUACUUAUCUGUUAUUUUUAAAAAAAUAUUUAUCGAGAAAUAAACAUGGAGAAAACGAAAUUUUAGAAUUAUUUAGGCGUCUCCAAUUUGAGAAGCAAACGGAAAAGGAAAUCGACGUUACAGCGAGUUAUGAUGGAACGGAUAGUGAAUAUAUUACCAGCCAUGAUUAUUCUCUAGAGGGGCCAGGUGCACACCCCAGGUGGGAGGUUAACAAAAAAAAAUGGACCCUUAUGUACAUUUUAAAAAAAAUUAUUCGCAAGCUGAAUGUUGACAUAAGGCAAAAAGGUUGCAUAAACAACGUGCGUGAUAAAUCGUUCCUAUUUAAAUUUCUUGUAAACAAAAAAAAAUUUCGCAUUUUAUCAUUUUAUAAGAAAAUAAAAGGGGUGUACUACUUGUGCCGAAAUGUUAUGUACGUGCAGGUAAACAGCCUCCUGCAGAAAGACAUAGCACUAUUGAACCUUGUAUCGACGAACAAAUCAUUCUUAGAAAUUGAUAAAAGCAAAAUAGCACUUGAUCCUUUUUACGUAAAAUACUAUUAUAAAUAUCAUCUGAAUAAGUUGCUCUGCUUAUCUGAACAGUUGUUCUUAAUGGGGCGUAAACUUAUGCACCAGGGGAAUUUAAUACAUCUUUCACAAAUGGAAAUGUGUACUGGCAGAAGUAAGGAACGAGCUCAAGGUGAGUUUUCUUUCAAGGACAACAUUUCCAUUUGGAGUCAUCAGACUAUCGAAAAUGAAACAGAUAAUAAAAAUAGCUCAAGGAAUGAUCAAAUGGUACGUUUGAAAAAAGACAGCAUAAACAUUAAGGUGAUCAACGUGUACCUGAAUGGGAAAUUCUCCGUCGCAUUACCCCUCGUCUUAACGUACAACAUAAAUAAAGAUAUUUUCUACUUAAACAAUUUGUUCUACCUCGAUGGAAGCAAGUAUGAUAUGGGAAGCAUACUCAUCCGAAAAGAAAUAUAUUUUAAUAAUUUAUCGUUUUUUCAGUGGAAAAAUUUCAGAUACCUGAACAAUGAAAAUAUUAUCCUAAAUAGUGACAACCUUCGUUUCGACUUAAAUUAUGUUCUUCUGUUUUAUCACUUAUAUUUCAAUGAAGGGGAAAAAUUGUGCAUCCGUUCGCAUAUAAAUCCCACCUUUUAUUUUUACCCUCCCGUACGUAGUAGAAAAGGAUCGAAUCAGAAAAGGGUAGAAAGAGUUGUAUACCGGGCUGAUAAGAAUGUCCUUAAUUUCGUUUUUUGA